CUGUUGGGAAAGAGCUCGGAGGGGGGCUCGACACAUUUGCAUUGCUAAAUACUCCGUAGUACGGACAGAGCUGUGCUAAACGGGACUGUCCAUUUUGAAAAAGACAUUCGUCCAGCAGUUGGUCCAUGAGCCGGAGCUCCAGCCCCAGCAGACGGCGCUUAAUGAAAACCUGGUGUGGACUUUCGCGUAAAGGCGCAUAGCUGGGGGGCGGUGAGAGCCCUGCUGGGUAGAGGAGAGGGGAUCUGGGGAGAGGUCGUCUAAAUCUUUCCUUUACGAGGAACCAUGCUUUUUGAAAGACGUGGCUUCACGUUUUGCUCCUGUGUAAGGAUGUUGGCAGCUCUGCUGUUUAUUCUGCAUUGUCUGCAGCUUGCACAUGGACAGACCUGCACAGAAGGUUUUACAUAUGACCGCAGGUCGAGACAGUGUAUAGAUGUGGACGAGUGCCGGACCCUGCCAGACGCCUGCAGAGGAGACAUGCGCUGUGUGAACCAGAAUGGAGGCUACCUGUGCAUCCCCAGGAGUCUGUACAACCAGCCCUACAGACCAGAGACCCCCAUCCUGCCUGAGCCUGUAUACCCCGACCCUUCUGUGGGAUUCUCAGACACCUACGUCCCAGCUUUGCCCAGAUCUGUGGAGCCAAGUUACCCCAGAGUGAGGACCACCGCACCAUGCAUCCUGGGAUUUUCUCUAGCAGAGGACGGCACCUGUAAUGACAUCGAUGAAUGUGAGACGAACUCUCAUCACUGUAACCCGACGCAGGUCUGCAUCAACACACGAGGGGGGUACACCUGUUCCUGCCUUGAGGGAUACUGGCUCAUCGGAGGACAGUGUCAGGAUAUUGAUGAAUGUCGCUAUGGUUACUGCCAACAGCUGUGUGCCAACGUCCCCGGCUCUUAUUCGUGCUCCUGUAACCCCGGCUUCAUCCUCAACCCCGACAGCAGGACGUGUCAAGAUGUGGAUGAGUGUGAAGAUGAACCAUGCAGCCACGGCUGCUUCAACACUUACGGCUCUUUCAUGUGUAACUGUGAUGAAGGGUUCGAACUGGCGGCUGACGGUACUUCCUGCAUCGACCUGGAUGAGUGCAGCUUCUCUGAGUUUCUUUGUCAGCACAGAUGUGUAAACACUCCCGGCUCUUUCUCCUGCAUUUGUCCACCUGGAUAUUAUGUUUAUGAGGACGGGAGGAGCUGUGAAGAUUUCAAUGAAUGUGAAUCUGGUAACAACACGUGUACAACAGCACAAGUAUGUUUCAAUUUCCAGGGAGGCUACACCUGCCUGAACCCUUUACAGUGUGAGCGUCCAUACAUCGAAGUCAGUGACAAUCAGUGUAUGUGUUCUGCUGAGAUCCCUGCCUGCAGGGACAAACCCUUCACUAUUCUGUACCGACACAUGGACCUGUCGUCGGGGCGCAGCGUGCCUGCAGAUAUCUUCCAGAUGCAGGCCACCACGCGCUACCCCGGCGCCUUCUACAUCUUCCAGAUAAAGUCGGGCAACGACGGGCGAGAGUUUUACAUGAGACAAACCAGUAACGUGAGCGCCACCCUGGUCUUAUCUCGGCCCAUCAAGGGUCCGAAGGAGGUGGUCCUGGACCUGGAGAUGGUCACGGUCAACAACGUCAUCAACUUCAGAGGCAGCUCCAUCAUACGGCUGACGAUAUUUGUCUCAGAGCAUCCGUUCUGAGGCUCCUAAAAUGAACUUCAUCAAACCCUGGGAGGGUGAGGCUGCGUCGUGUAACGGUUGAGACAGCUCAUCUCCCUUUUUCUAUUUGUUUGAAAUCGAUGUGUCAUCCUCAUAAAGACUCAGCAAAGAUCAGCUGAUGGGAAAUCAUCCCCACCCUGCUUUAAUGGACUCUGAGCUUUUAUGGCCGCGAUAUGGACACAGACGGAUAUUUAUGGUGUACAAUUUCUGACAUCCUCUAUUUAGAAAAUGACCUAGAAGUGAUGGAAUUUACCGUCAUUGUGUACCAGAAUAUACACAAUACACUUUUUUUAAGAGUUUCCCUGGUUGUCUGUGAAUUCUCAUUGCCUCAGUGAAGCUGUGAAUGUUUUAUACGCUUCAGUUUAAGAGCUGUCACUAUCAUCACAUCAUUAUGAUGGUUUUUAUGAGACUGGAGCGGUUAUCUGAGCAGGAGUUUAAUUGUACAUCUGCUGUGGCAAUAUUUGAGAUGAUGUAAAAGCCGUUCAUUAGCUGAAUUAUUGAUCACAGUUUUUUUUAGACCAAUAAACGUCUUUACCACACCA